UAAUGCAAACAUACAGAUAAUAUACAUCAUCAAUACUAAAUCUAAGCGCGGGUAUAAUAAUAACCAAUAAGAAAUAGCUCUAUCGUUGUCCAGGGGUUAAUGUAUUGUCCAAUGGAAAGAUAACAGUCACUAUCAGUUCGUUCAAGCUGCAGUGUUGUUGGGUUUAAAAGUGAUGCGGUUUAAACUUGCCCCAGGUCUUUUAUGAUGCCAAUCCGUUGAGUCAGGGGAGCGGGCUUCCCCGUUGUUAGCUAAAAGCUGUUUUCCGUGGUUCCAGCCACCAAUUCCAGCCACGGAAUCGAACGCACGUGGCUUCCUUCAGAUGACUUCCUGCUGUUACGUGGUCGCUUAACGUUUCUUCUGGUGCGUCUAAAGGGGUUGUUCCCCAGACCCUCUUUUAUACUUCCUCACAGGGUCUCAGAUGUCAAUCAGGUUGGGGGUGUGCACUCUCUCCCUCAACCAGCCCACUUUGCUUGAGGGCAUUCACGUAGUAUAGUAGCUCAAUCCACAAAUUGGUCUCCAAGAGACAAUGGCCAUGUCCCGUAGCUUUACAUCGCUGGGGAAACGAGCCAGCCUGCACGUGUCUUUUCCCCUUUCCUGGGCCCCUUUACCCAAUCCAACAGUGAUCUUGCGAUUCUCACAAAGGAGGGGGCUACAGACGUAACAAGUAUAAGAGUUGGAAUGUUAUGGUGAGGUUGUAUAAGGCAUUGGUGAGGCCGAAUUUGGAGUAUUGUGUACAGUUUUGGUCACUGAGUUACGGGAAGGAUAUUAAUAAGGUUGAAAGAGUGCAGAGAAGGUUUACAAGGAUGUUGCCGGGACUUGAGAAACUGAGUUACAGAGAAAGAUUGAAUAGGUUAGGACUUUAUUCCCUGGAGCGUAGAAGAAUGAAGGGAGACUUGAUAGAGGUAUAUAAAAUUAUGAUGGGUAUAGAUAGAGUGAAUGCAAGCAGGCUUUUUCCACUGAGGUUAGGGGAGAAAAAAAACCAGAGGACAUGGGUUAAGGAAGGGAGAAAAGUUUAAAGGGAACAUUAGUGGGGGGGGGGGGCUUCUUCACACAGAGAGUGGUGGGAGUAUGGAAUGAGCUGCCAGAUGAAGUUGUAAAUCCGGGCUCACUUUUAACAUUUAAGAAAAACUUGGGACAGGUACAUGGAUGAGAGGUGUAUGGAGGGAUAUGGGCCAGGUGCAGGUCAGUGGGACUAGGCAGAAAAACAGUUCGGCACAGCCAAGAAGAUCCAAAAGGUCUGUUUCUGUGCUGUAAUGUUCCAUGGUUCUAUCUAAGAGAAAUUACCUAAGAAUAAUUAUUCAUUAUAAGACAAGAAAAAUAUGGAAACACUCAGCAAGUCAGGGAGCAUCUGUGAAAGAGAAACCAGGGCAUUGAUUUGAAUCUAAGACCCCUUCACAGAAUUCUGAGUCCUGAUGAAGGUUCUUAGAACAGAAACAUUGACUCUGCUUCUCCUUCCUCAAUUGCUCCCUGAAUGUUUACGGCAUUCUUCUGUUUUUAGUUCAGAUUUCCACCAUACACAGCAUUUUGACGGAGGCACAAGAGACUGCGGCUGCUAGAAUCUGGAGCAGCAAACAACUUAUUGGAGGAGCUCAGUGGAUCAAAUGGCAUCUGUGGGUGGAGGGGUGGAAUCAUCAACUUUUAGGAUUGAAACCCUGCAUCAGGUCCUGAUACAAGGUCUUGACCUGAAAUGUCCCCUGCAGAUGCUGCCCAUCCUGCUGAGUUCCUCCAGCAACACAGGAGGAACUCAGUAGGCCAGGAAGCAUCAAUGGAGGGAAGUGGGUCAUCUAGCAGAUUUUUGAUGUCCUGCUUAUUGAUUUCCAUUUACUAAGAAUGAUUAAACUACUUCAGUCCCUGCGCCUCACUGACUUCAAUAACCAUUGCAUGCCAAAAUAACUUCAGUUCAGUCAGCUACUGUUUUAGUAAUUCCACAUUUGUUAUAUCUAAACACUUAACUGAAUCAGAAAGGUUUCUGUCUGGUUCAGAUUUUCGACCUGAUAUGUCAACAAUCCCGUUCACACACUCCCUACCCCAACCCAUUACAGACGCCGUUUGACCCUGUUUCUCCAGCAGAGUUGGUGACUUCUGACAAAACUGUUAAAAUAAUAUUUCUCUGAUUUGAGGUGUGACCUUAUAAGGGUGUAUAAAAUCUUAUAGGCCAUGGGUAGGGUCCAAUGCACAGAGUCAGAGUAAUUUCCCCGGGGUUGGGAAAUCAACUAGGUUGAGAGGGGAGAUAUUUAAUAGGAACCUGACGGCAAUUUUUCCACCCAGACUGGUCGGUAUAUGGACUGAGCUGCCAGAGGAAAUGGUUGAAGCAGGAACAUUAACAGCACUAAAAAGGUACUUGAACAGAUAGAUUUAGACGGGUAAUGAGCCCAAUGCUGGCAAAAGGACUAGCUUAGAUGGUCAUCAUGAUUGAAUCAUGGCUAGUUGGGCUGGCCUUUUUCCGCGUUGUGUGACUCGCAGAGACCCCCUGCCUCACCAUGGCGGAGUCACCGCAGAAGAAUGUGAAGAAGCACCCUCCAGUACGUGGAUCUUCCCCGGGUAGAGGGAGUUCACUUCAUCCAGCGCCUGGUGCGGGGCCGGAACCUUUGUGCGCGGCUCCCGGCGGUGACGGCCCGUCAUAGGUGGCGGACGCGUUCCUUUCCCACGUGCCGGUUGUCAGGGCUGAGCGAGCGGCUGCUGCGAAAUGGAUUUGAUCCACACUAUCGGCGAUGAGGACGAGGUUCCGGAGGAGGAGGAAGAGACGGGGUCAGAGGGAGAGGAAUUGCCUAUCGUUUUGCUGAAGAAGAGGAAGCUAAAGAAGCGAUGUGUGGACUUCAGUGAAGACUUUCUCUUCACCGAGAAGGAUGGGGAAUAUGAUGAUGGUUGGGUGAUGGCAGAUGUUCUGAGUCAAUUGAAGAAAAAUAAAGCACCAACGACCCUAGAUGAAAAAAUAGACAAAAUUCGGAAGAAAAGAAAGAAAGAGGAGCAAUCUACAAAAGAAGCAAAGAGAACAAAGACUGAUUCCACUGAGGACACAGUAUCUAAUCCAGACGUGAUAAAGCCAGAUGAGGAAGAAGUGGAUGAAAUUGAGGAGAAUGACGAAACAAAGGAAUCUGAUGGAGAACAAGAGAUUGAUGAUGAUGAUGAUGAUGAAUCAAUAUCUGAAUUCUCCUCUGGAGAUGAGGAUGUUUUACAGAAGGCGGACACACUGAAAUCAAAGGGAAAGAAGAAAAUUCCUCAGAAUAAAUCGGGUGUGUUCUUUGAGGAUGCCCCAGAAGUUGAUGACAGCCUAACAUUCCAGGACAUGAAUCUCUCUCGACCGCUUUUAAAGGCGAUCACUACCAUGGGUUUCAAACAGCCAACUCCCAUUCAGAAAGCGUGUAUCCCUUUGGGUUUGCUGGGCAGAGACCUCUGUGCCUGUGCUGCCACUGGAACUGGUAAAACCGCUGCCUUCAUGCUGCCUGUGUUGGAACGUUUGAUCUAUAAACCGCGGCAGGCUCCUAUUACUAGGGUGUUGGUUCUAGUUCCAACUCGUGAACUGGGCAUCCAAGUGCAUUCUGUUGCCAGAAAUUUGGCACAGUUCACAUCAACCACCAUUUGUCUUGCUGUAGGUGGAUUGGACGUAAAAACCCAAGAAGCAUCCCUGAGAGCAGGACCCGAUGUUCUCAUUGCCACCCCAGGCAGACUGAUCGAUCACCUUCAUAAUUGUCCAUCGUUUGACCUCAGUAGCAUUGAGGUCUUGAUCCUGGAUGAGGCUGACAGGAUGCUCGACGAAUACUUUGAGGAACAGAUGAAGGAAAUAAUUCGUCUCUGCUCCCACCAACGGCAGACGAUGCUGUUUUCUGCUACCAUGACUGAUGAGGUGAAAGAUCUGGCAUCAGUGUCACUGAAAAACCCAAUCCGAAUUUUUGUGAACAGUAACACAGAUGUAGCUCCAUUCCUCCGUCAGGAGUUCAUCCGAAUCCGUCCAAACCGAGAAGGAGACAGAGAGGCAAUUGUUUCAGCUCUUCUCACUCGCACAUUUCAGGACCAUGUUAUGCUGUUUACCCAGACAAAAAAGCAAGCUCAUAGGAUGCACAUACUGCUGGGGCUGAUGGGGCUAAAGGUUGGUGAGCUCCAUGGUGAUCUUUCUCAAACCCAGAGGCUGGAGGCUCUAAGGCGCUUUAAGGAUGAACAAAUCGAUAUUCUUGUAGCCACUGACGUUGCUGCCAGAGGACUGGAUAUUGAAGGAGUCAAAACGGUGAUUAACUUCACAAUGCCCAACACCAUUAAGCAUUAUGUGCACAGGGUGGGCCGUACAGCCAGAGCUGGCCGCAGUGGACGGUCUGUGUCCCUUGCUGGUGAGCUGGAAAGGAAAAUGUUAAAAGAAAUUGUGAAGAAGGCCAAGACUGAAGUGAAAGCUCGUGUCAUUCCACAAGAUGUGGUGAUGAAGUUCCGACAGAAGAUUGAGAAACUGGAGAAAGAAAUCUAUGCUGUUCUACAGUUGGAAAAAGAGGAGAAAAUGAUGCAGCGAUCGGAGGCCCAGAUCAAUACUGCAAAAAACAAGUUGCAGAAGGACGACGAGGAAACCAGGCCAGAGCGUACCUGGUUCCAAACCAGAGAGGAACGGAAGAAAGAGAAAGUUUCAAAGGCUCUGCAGGAGUUUGACAUUGCACUAAAAGGCAAAAAGAAGAGGAAGGAGUACAUGGAAAACCUGAAAAAGAAAGAAAUGACGGCUGAAGAGAGAACACAGUUUGAGAUAGUGAAAUCGCAGAUGUAUGCUGAGCGUGUCGCUAAGCGAAACCGAAGACCAAAGAGGGCACGAGUAAUGCCCGAGGAUGAGCAAAACCGAGCUGCAGGACAUCAAAUGAACAAAAUAAAGAAAUUAAAGUCUGUGUUUGAUGAAGAAUUGACAAAUACAAGUCAAAAAGCCCUUAAACAGUAUCGAGCAGGGCCGUCAUUUGAAGACAGAAAGAGACUUGGAAUAUCACAGCGUAAGAAAGGGGGCACAUUUAAAUCAAAAUCGAGGUACAAGAGAAGAUGAACCAAAUUAUAAAGCCAGCCACAGGAGAGUUUUUCAGAAGUGCCUUUCCAAAAAGGAAGUCUUUAUCUCAUGUGACAUACUGUAUUUGAUAAUGAAAUUUAUUCAUACUUCACAUGCCUCACAGUGUGUGAGCUGACUUAAUCUGCAGUCUCCCACCCUCUGUGCCUAGGUGUCGAUAACUAUGCAUACUGUCCUUUUAGAAGAGCAGACAUUGCAUUCUAAUCAGAACAGUUGUCUCAGUUAUAAGUGUGGUAAUCUGUAGACAUCUGUUCAAUGGUUAAUUUUAUUGGCAAAGUAGACAUGUACAAUGCAACUGUGAUAUUUGUCUUCAUUUACUUAAUUCUCACACACUACCUUGUCUUCAUCAUGCUCAGGGAGACAGGGAAUCCCUGUUGCAAACAUAAUAAAGAUGGGAUUGAAGUGGAAAAUACCACAGUAUUUUCUAUUUUCAAUCCAAAUGUUUCAGAAAUCUAGAGACCAGUUUACAAAUCUGAACCUCCACGCUAUACCCUUCCACAUUUAUAUUCAGUUAUCCUAUGGCAAUAUACAUUUGCAUUGCUAUUUAAAACAGAAUCAGACUUGAUCUUGGCUUGUAUCAGUGAACAAAUAUUGAUGUAAAAUAUUGGAACUUCAUUUCCAUAAAAGUCCUUAUUUUGUAUUAUGUAAGUAGAUCUAGCAUUAUUUACAAACUGCCGAGAUGAUUUUGAAAGGAAUGAAUUAGACUGAAAGCAUUUCUCAAAUGGAAAUCUCUUUGGACUAUAACUCCAUUUAUUUAUGUGGAAGUGAUUCUGAUUCUAAAGCCAUUUUCCUGGUGGCUACCAGACACAACUUGUUAAUUUUGUUGAACCAACAUGACUCUAUCCAGAAGUAGAGUUCCACUUUGUAAAACUAUGUUACAUUGUUUUUUGUAAAUAUUGUAUUUCAACUGUAAUGGGAAACUUGAGAGUAUAAGGAGCCAUUAGCUCAGAGAAUUGUAUUUGGGUUAUGAACAGUGGUAAACUGAAUCAACAUUGAAAUGGAUAAAAUCAAACAGUAUUAGAAGUAAAUUUCUGCCCUCCAGUUCAACAAUUAACAUGCAAGGAUACGCAUUGUAUUAAAAGGACAAAAGGGAUGGUGUGGCUGUGUUUGUAAAAAUGAAAUCCAAGCCUUAGAAAAAGGUGACGUAGAAACAGAAGAUGUAAAAACCUUAUGGUUAGAGUUUAGAAGCUGCAAAGGUAAAAAGACACUGAUGGGAGUUAUAUACAGGCCCCCAAACAGUAGACAGUAUGUGGGUACGCCUGCAGGUAGAUUGGGAAAAAUUUGGUGCUGGAUCCCGAGAGAAAAUUUCUAGAAUGCCUACAAGAUGGCUUUAGAAGCAGAAGUAGGCCAUUUGGCCCAUCUAGUCUGCUCUGCAUUUUCAUUCAUCAUAGCUGAUCCCUUUCCUUCUCAGAUCCAAUCUGCCUUUUCCCCCAUAACCUUUCAUGCCCUAACUAACCAAGAAUCCAUCAACUUCUGCCUGAAAUAUACAUAAAGACUUGCCCUCCAUGGCCAUCUGUGACAUGAACUCAACAGAUUCACCACUCUCUGGCUAUAGAAAUUACUCCUCGUCUCCAUUCUAAAAGGACGACCUUCUAUUCUGAGGCUGUCUCUUCUGGUCUUAGAUUCCCCACCAUAGGAAACAUCCUCUCCACAUCCACUCUAUCAAGGCCUCUCUAUGUUCGAUAGGAUUCUGAGAGAUUCCCCCUUCAUUCUUCUGAAUUCCAGUGUAUACAGGUCCAGAGCCUUCAAACGCUCCUCGUGCAGUAAGUCUUUCAAUCCCAGAAUCAUUUUCAUGAAACUCCUUUGAACCCUCUCCAACGUCAGCACAUCUUUUCUUAGAUAAGAGGCCUAGAAUUAUUCACAAUACUCCAAGUGAGGCCUUAUAAAGCCUCAACAUCACAUCCUUCCUUUUAUAUUCUAGUCCUCUCAAAAUAAAUGCUAACAUUGCACUUGGCUUCCUCACCACUAACUCAACCAGCCAAGUAUGUUUUCUGUAAUACCAUGGGCUUGUUAAGCAGCCUCAUGUGUGGCACCUAGUCAAAGGCCUUCUGAAAAUACAAAUAGACAUCCAUUGAUUCUCCUUUGUCUAUCCUUUUUACUCUUGAAAGAAUUCCAACAGAUUUAUCAGGCAAGAUUUUCUCUUAAGGAAACCAUGCUGACUUCAGCCUAUUUUAUCAUGUGCCUCCAAGUAUCCUGAAACCACAUCCUUAACAAUCAACUCCAAUAUCUUCCCAACCACUGAGGCCAGACUAACUGGCCUAUAAUUUCCUUUCAUCUGCCUUGCUUCCUUGAAGAAUGGAGUGACAUUUGCAAUUUUCCUGUCCUUCUGAACCAUUUCAGAAUCUAUUGAUUCUGGAAAGAUCAUGACUAAUGCCUUCACAAUCUCUUCAACCAUCUCUUUGAGACCCCUGGGGUGUAGACCAUCUGGUUCUGGUGACUUGUCUACCUUCAGACCUUUCAAUUUCCAAGUACCUUCUCCCUAGUAAUGGCAACUUCACUCACUUCUGACCCGACACUCUCAGGCUUCUGGCAUACUGCUAGAAUCUUUCACAGUGAAGAUUGAUGCAAAAUAUUUGGUUCGCCCACCGUUUCCUUGUCCCCCAUUACUACUCACCAGCAUAAUUUUUCCAAUGGUCCAGUAUCGACUCUCGCGUCUUUUACACUUUUUAAUUUUUGGCAUCCUCUUUGAUACUACUGGAUAGCUUACCUUUGUAUUUCAUCUUUUCCUUUAUGAAUUUUUUAGUUGCCUUCUGUUGCUUUUUUAAAACUUUCCACUAACUUUUGCUCUAUUAUAUGCUCUCUCUUUGGCUGUUAUGUUGGCUUUGAUUUCUUGUCAGCCAUGGUUACGUCAUCCUGCCUUUAGAACACUUCUUCAGCAUGUAUCUAUCCUGUGCCUUCCAAAUUUCUCCCAGAAACUUCAGCCAUUGCUGUUCUUCUGUCAUCUCUGCUAGUGUCCCCUUCCAAUCAAUUUUGGUCAGUUCCUCUCUCAUGCCCCCAUAAUUCCCCUUUCUCCAUUGUAAUAUUGAUAUAUUUGACUUUAGCUUCUCUUUCUAACUUGUAGGGUGAAUUCUAUCAUAUUAUGAUCUCUUUUUCCCCAAGUAUUCCUUUAAGUUCUCUUGUCAAUUCUGGUUCAUUGCAAAAUAUCCAAUCUAGAAUAGCUGAUCCCCUUGUUAGCUCCACCAUGAGCUGCUCUAAAAAUCCAUCUCAUAGACAUUCUACAAAUUCCCCUCUCGGGAUGCAGCAGCAACCUAAUUUUCCCAAUCUACCUGCAUAUUGAAAUCCCCCCCCCCCAUGACUAUUGUAACAUUGCCCUUUUGACAUGCAUUUUCUCUCUCCUAUUGUGAUUUGUAGCCCACAUCUUUGUUACUGUUCGGAGAUCUGUACAGGUUUCCCCUGCUAUUCAAAGGUAGAGCGUUCCUAUGAAAUGGUUCAUAAGAUGGAAUGUCGUAAAGUGAAGAAGCAAUUACCAUUUAUUUAUAUGGGAAAAAUCUGUGAGCAUUCACAGACCCAAAAAAUAACCUACGAAAUCAUGCCAAAUAACACAUAAAACCUAAAAUAACAGUAACAUAUAGUAAAAGAAGGAAUGAUCUGUUAAGUGCACAGCCUAUAUAAAGUAGGAAUACUUUUCUGCAAUUAUUGCAGCACUGUCCACCGCAGUGAAAAUCUCACGCAAGCGCUCUUGUCAGUACUCAUGGCAAAAACACACGGCGCAAGUGCUCCUGGCAAAAGCGCUCUUUCCAGUAACCUUUAAGCUACCAAAUAACACAUAAAAAUACAGUCUAUAUAAAAUAGAAAUAAUGCAUGUCCAAUGUAGUUUCACUUACUGGAAUCGAGAAGAGAGCGAGCACACUGACUGUGGUAUGUUAGUCUGAGUCGUUGGAGGUUGAGGUGGUGGGAGGUAGAGGAGAUUGGGGUGUCAUCUCAUCGUUGUCUGUUUCCAUCAGAGCAGGCAGAUCACCACCACCUAUGUUUGCCUGCCUUGAUGUCGAAGGUCGAGUUUCGUCGUCUGCUGUGUCUGAUGUGGAAGGCUUGAAAAACGACAGUAUGCUUAUCUGCUUAGCCUCGCGCAUUUUUCCGUCAUACAGUUCUUUGUAAGCACUCAAACCAUCCUGCAAAUAUGGUCUUAACCUACAUACCCUUUCAAAAUUAAAGUCAUACUUUUUUGCAAUCAUUGCAGCGAAAAUCUCACACAAUUGCUUCCCGUUCAGUUCCUGGAUGACUUCACUUUUGGGCUGUUCACUACUGCGUUCAGCUUCAAUUGUUAUCCUUUCCUCUUCAUCAGCUUUUCAUCUCUCAGUUCUUGGUCAUAGGAUGCUAAAUCCUCAUCAACAUCAUCUUCGUCAACUUCCACAAACCCUUAGCCAAACUUACUAUAUCCUUACUUUGUUCACCACGAUCAAAACGCUUAAUUAUGUCUAGUUUUACAGUAAGUGUAACACCCUUACGCUCUCUUUUAGGCUUUUCCAAUAUCUUAGAACUCACCAUGCUAACGGAUGCACAAAAUAAAUCGACAUAAAGCACAGAUGCUCACAGGCACGUGCUUAAGCAACGCCGGCUAGAAUGCAGUUCCAGGGGAGGAGUUUGGUUGCUCGGCGCGCACGCUGCCUUUUUUCGUAACAAUGAAAACCCCUUCUGUUAGCAAAAACAGGUAAUUAAUGUAGGUCUUUUGUAACAGUGAGUUCUCAUAAAGCGAAUGUUCGAAAAACAGGGGACACCUGUAUAUAACUCCCAUCAGUGUCUUUACCCUUUAACUACCCACGAUUCUACGUCAGCUCUUUCUAAUUAUUUGAUUUAUUUUUUAAACCAACGCCGUUCCAACACCACUGCCUGUCCUUUCAAUACAAUGUGUCUCCUUCGACAUCAAGUCCCCAGGUAUAAUCUUUCUUCAGCCAUGACUCUGAUGCCCACAAUGUCAUACAUUCCAAUUUGGAACUGUUGCACGUUCAUCUACCUUAUUCCCAUGCAUUCAAAUAUAACACCUUCAGUCCUGUAUUUAUUACCCCUUUCAGUUUUGUCCCCCUUUUGCAUUGCAACUCAUCCCAUUGACUGCCCGUCUUUGCUAGUAGUCUCACUACACAAUGCCUAUUUGUAAACCAACUAUCCCAUCCUCAUCCCUAUCAUUCUGGUUCCCACCCCUUGCCAAAUUAGUUUCAACCCUCCCAAACAGCUCUCACAAACCUGCCCACAAGGAUAUUGGUCCCUUUCAAGUUCAGGUGUAACUAGUCUCUUUUGUAUCUUCCACAGAGGAGAUCCCAGCGAUCCAGAAAUCUGAAACCCUGCCCCCUGCACCAGUUCCUCAGCCAUACAUUCAUCUGCCAAAUCAUCCUAUUCUUACCCUCAUGGUGUGUCGCACUGGCAGCAAUCCUGAAAUUACUUUCCUGGAGGUCCUGCCACCUUGCUCUCUUCAGUACGUUCUCACCUUUCCUACCAAUGUCAUUGGUGUCAAUAUCUUUGGCUGUUCACCCUUCCCCUUGAGAAUGCUGUGGAUCUGAUCCAAGACAUCCUUGAUCCUGGCAAUGUCCUAUUUGGGUGUGUCUAUCUCAUCUACAGAAUCUCAUUUCUAUUCCUUUAACUAUAGAAUUUCCUAUUAUUACCACACUCCUCUUCAUUUCUCUUCUCUUCUGAGCCACAGUGCCAGAGACCUGGUUGCUGCAGCUUCCCCCACCCCCCCAGUAGGUUGUCCACCUCAACUGUACCGAAAAUGGUAUACUUAUUAUUAAAGAGAACUCUGCACUGUCUGCCCAUUUCCCUUCCUUCUCCUGAGUUACUCACUUAACUUCCUCCUGCAACUUAGUGGUAACUACCUCCCUGUAGCUUUAAUCUAUCACCUCUUCAGUUUCCCCAUAUGAACCAAUGGUCAUCAAGCAACAGCUCCAGUUCCUUAGCGUUCUCUGAAGAGCUGCAGCUCAGUGCAUCUGAUGCAGCUGUGGUUAUCAGGGAGGCUGGAGGUCUCCCAGAACCAUAGAACAUUACAGCACAGAAACAGGCCUUUUGGCCCUUCUUGGCUGUGCCGAACUGUUUUUCUGCAUAGUCCCACUGACCUGCACCUGGGCCAUAUCCCUCCAUACACCUCUCAUCCAUGUACCUGUCCAAGUUUUCAUAAAUGUCAGAAGUAAGCCCACAUUCACUACUUCAUCUGGCAGCUCAUUCCACACUCCCACCACUCUCUGCAUGAAGAAGCCCCCCCCACCAAUAUUCCCUUUAAACUUUUCCCCCUUCACCCCUAACCCAUGACCUCUGGUUUUUUCUCCCUUAGCCUCAGUGGAAAAAAGCCUGCUUGCGCUCACUCUAUACCCAUCAUAAUUUUAUACACCUCUAUCAAAUCAGCUCUCAUUCUCCUAUGCUCCAGGGAUUAAAGUCCUAACCUAUUCAAUCUUUCUCUGUAACUCAGUUUCUCAAGUCCCGGCAACAUCCUUGUAAACCUUCUCUGCACCCUUUCAACCUUAUUAAUAUCCUUCCUGUAAUUAGGUGACCAAAACUGUACACAAUACUCCAAAUUCAGUCUCACCAAUGUCUUAUACAACCUCACCAUUACAUUCCAACUCUUAUACUCAAUACUUUGAUUUAUAAGAGCCAAUGUACCAAAAGCUCUCUUUACGACCCUAUCAACUUGUGACGUCACUUUUAGGGAAUUAUGUAUCUGUAUUCCCAGAUCCCUCUGUUCUAUUGCACUCCUCAGUGUCCUACCAUUUACCUUGUAUGUUCUACCUUGGUUUGUCCUUCCAAAGUGCAAUACCUCACACUUGUCUGUAUUAAACUCCUGAAGAAGUGGUGCCAUAUGAAGUUAAGCUAGCAAUAAUAUCAGAAAGGAUAGCAAAGGUUUUUUUUGGAUAUAUAAAGAGUAAAAGAGGUGACUCCUGAAGAAGUGGUGCCAUUGUGCUUUCUUCGCAAUGACAUAUUUAUGAUGAUCCAGAACAGGUCCUCUGAGAUAGUGACACCCAGGAAUUUAAAGUUACUGACCCUCUCCACCUCUGAUGAUUAUUGGCUCAGACUGCUGGUUUCCCUUUCCUGACAUGUAACUAACAGUUCCGAGUGAGAGGUUUUUGUUUUUACACCACUUGGCCAAAUUUUCAAUCUCCCUCCUUUAUGCUGAUUCAUCACCACCUGUGAUACAGCCCACAACAGUAGUGUCAUCAGUAAAUUUGUAUACGGUGUUGGAGCUCUACUUAGCCACACAGUCUUAGAUGUAAAGCACAUAAAAAAGGGGGUUAAGUACACAUCCCCAUGGUGCUCCUGUGCUGAUGAAGAUUGUGGAGAUGUUUUUGCCAAUUUGAACUGACUGGGGUCUACAAGAAAGGAAAUCCAGGAUCCAAUUGCACAAGUCAGUAGUGAGGCCCAGGUUUUGAUGUUUACUGAUUAGUUUUGAGGGGACGACGAUGUUAAAUGCCGAGCUAUAAUCAAUAAAGAGCACCCUGAUGUAUGUAACUUUGAGUCUGGACGUUCCAGAGUUGUGUGAAGAACCAAUGAGAUAGCAUCUGCUGUAG